ACGAUCGAAACGACGUCUGUUAGUUUCCGUCCUGAAGGAGCAAAGAGGGAAGUGUGUGUGUGUGUGUGUGUGUGAGUGUGUGCUCGAAGUGUGUGUGCGAAGUGUUUGCGAAGCGUGUGUGAAGUGUGUUAGAAGCUGCUGGGGAUUCUGAUUGGACUCGUGCCGACUGACCCGCUGACAGGAUGGAGGCCCAGGUGCAGGUGGUGACCCGGCUGCGGGCGGCGUUCCGGUCCGGCCUCACGGUUCCAGAACAGUUCCGCCGGUCGCAGCUGCUGCAGCUCGUGGCCUUGCUCAAGGACAACGAGGAAGCCAUCCUGACGGCGCUGCACUCCGACCUCCGCAGGCCCAAGUUCGAGUCCGUCCUUGCUGAGAUUGAGAUGGUGUCCACCGAGCUGCACCACGCCCUGUCCAACCUGUCCAGCUGGAUGAAGCCGCAGUACGUCGACAAAAACCUGGCCACCAAGCUGGACGACUGCUUCGUGCGGAGGGAGCCGGUGGGGCUGGUCCUGGUGGUGGGGCCCUGGAACUACCCGCUGCAGCUGCUGCUGCUGCCGCUGGUGGCGGCCAUCGCUGCAGGAAACUGUGUGAUCCUCAAGCCUUCAGAGAUCAGCGCCGCCACCGACGGUCUGAUCGCAGAGCUGCUGCCCAGAUACCUCCACCAGGACUGCUACGCUGUGGUGAGCGGUGGCGCCGAGGAGACCAGCGCUCUUCUCACCAUUCCCUUCGACCACAUCUUCUACACAGGCUCUCAGGCUGUAGCUCGCCUCGUCCUGCAGGCGGCCGCCGUCCACCUGACCCCGGUGACCCUGGAGCUGGGGGGGAAGUGUCCCUGCUUCAUCCACGACCAGGUGGACGUGGCGGCGGCGGCGCGGCGCCUGGCCUGGUCCAAGUUCUUCAAUGCGGGCCAGAGCUGCGUGGCCCCGGACUUCGUGCUGUGCUCGGCCGCCACCAGGGACGCCCUGCUGCCGGCGCUGAGGGACACCCUGCAGGAGUUCUACAGCCAGGAGCCCCAGAAGAGUCCCCACCUGUCCCGCAUCGUGUCCCCUCGCCACUGCACACGUCUCACCGAGCUGCUGGAGAAAACCAGCGGGAAGGUCGUGAUUGGAGGAGAGAGCGACCCGGAGGACAAGUACAUCGCUCCCACGGUGGUGGUGGACGUGGCCGAGGACGACGCUCUGAUGAAGGAGGAGAUCUUUGGGCCCAUUCUGCCCAUCGUCACCGUGGAGUCUGUGACGGAGGGCAUCGACUUCAUCAACCGCCACGACAAGCCGCUGGCCCUCUACGUCUUCUCCGACAGCUCCUCGGUGGUCAGGCAGGUCCUGGAGAAGACCAGCAGUGGAGGCUUCUGCUCCAACGACGGCAUCGUGCACAUGACGCUGCCCGGCCUGCCCUUCGGAGGAGUGGGGGCGAGCGGCUGGGGCAAGUACCACGGACGCUGGGGCUUCGAAACCUUCAGCCACCAGCGGGCCUGCAUGCUGCGGGGCUGGGCGCUGGAGCGGCUCAACGGCCUGCGCUACCCCCCCUACAGCGAGGACAAGCUGGGCUGGCUGCGCUGGACCACGUCCCCCAAGAGCUGCGUGCUGAUGUGACCGAGUCCACAUGUCCUCGGUCUGGUUUCUUUCCCCUCUGUGUUCUGAAGCAGUUCAUCAAGAAUAAAGCUGAUAGACUUUGGA